AUUUACAUUUAAAUAGAAGUUUUUUAAAAAUAUAUUUUGAAGAUUUAAAAAUGAAUAAACAGAAUAAUUUGAGAAUAAGGAAAUUAAUUAAAUGCUAAAAGAUGUUAAUUAAUCAAGAUCAAUGACAAAUGUUAAUCAAUGUUGAAGGUCGGUUUUAAAUGUACUAAGUGGCGGUACUUAUACUCGAUUUUAUAUACAUGCUUGUAUGCACGUGUGCAAGGUGCUGAUAAAGAUUAUUAAUGUAAAAAUAUUUUGAAUGCAACUUGAGCCAGACGAAGAAUAAGUGAAGUAAAAUAAGUCGGUAGAUAAAGAUACGGAAGAAUAUAAAGAUAAAAAAUAUAAUAAUAGUGGGGAAAGAAGGAUGGUAGUGAAUUUGCGAUGUGUGUAAUAAUGACUAAGUGGUUUAUUAAAUAGUCAUUGUGAGUGGAGUUAAAUAGUAUUAUUAUAUUGAGGAUGACCAUGACCUCAGGAACAAACAAAUGGGCCUCGAGGGCUGUGGUGAUCCUUCAAUUGGCAGCCUGGAGUGCCGUUGGCAUUGUACUUCUACAGAAAGGCGUGUCAUCUUUGCAAAAAGGCUCCGAGAUGCGAAAUAUUACUCAAACGACGUCUAUCAACACAGCUGGUUAUAAUUCAGUCGACAAAGAUUUAUCAGUGAUAUCAAUAGUAGAAAAUUCAAAACCGUACCCAUCAUCUGAGUUACCAAAAUCAUCAUCUGGCAGCUCGAAAAUUUUUGAUGCUAAGUCAAUGGCCCACAAGUUAGAAAAAAUAAACGAAAAAAAUCUCAACGAUCUUGAAGAAAAAAAUUUACCAAUUGAAUUCGAUGAAGAUAAAGACGGGCCACGUGUUCUAGAGAGUUUGGAUUCAUCAAAAGAUAAAUUAACCGAUUUGAAAAAACCAGGAGUUAAAAAAACUUCUACAACAAAUUUAUCCGAAUUUGAACCCGAUGAAGAUGCCGAUAAAUUUAAAAGUUCAACUGACAUCAAAGACUCUUCCAUGAAAUUAAUUUUACCCAUGAUGAAUUCUAGCAGUGAAAGGCAGUCAGAAAUAAUUCCAGUGUACGAAGACACAUUUAAGCGAUCUCGUAAUUUUUCAUCUUUGUCGGAAGAUGACGAGAAAAAAGAAACGAAUAAAACGGUUGUGCAAACGUCAACCGCGAAACCGAGCAUGUGGGAAACGAGGAGAAGAUUAAGAUUGUCGCAUUUGAGUGGCGGUGGAGCUGCUGCAGCAGUUGCUAUGGUCGCGGUGGGUGCUGUCAUGCUGGUCCUCGGCCCGGCGGUUAUCGUUCUGCGUGCUCUGGAUGAACGUCGCCAGGAACGGAGAUUCUUGAAGCUUUCUGCACGUGAUGAUCUACCACCUACUUACGAACAAGCAACUUUAAUGGACGAGGCGCCGAGAUACUCGAGCUUAAGCUUGAAUACUAUUCUUGGACCACCUCCACCUCCAUCACCAACUCCCGCACGAGUACAUCUCGUCUGAUGUACCAGCUUUCGAGAUGGAUAACGUACUACAUAUGGUUUUACCAACGUGUGGAUCUUGUCUGAAUAGUUUUCAUUUGUUUUUGUAUUCGCUAGAUAAUUAAUUUAGGUAGUCAUUAGUUUUUUUUAUCACUCGGUUCCCCGGGUCGGAAAACGCGGUCUUUUUCAAACGAAAUUUAAAUUUUAAGUUUUUCUAAUUAAAUUUACUUUUUAUUUUUUUUAAAUUAUUAAAUAGCAAUUUUUGAUACAAGAAAUUUUUUUUUUGUCUAAAAAAAUUUUUUUUGAGCAAGAAAUCUUUUCUUUACGUACUUUUUUUUAUUUAACCAAUUUUUCGACUUAUUUUCAAUAAUUUUUAAUUUGAUUUUGGUUAUCUGUUGAUCAAAAUCAAACUUUUUCAAAAUAUUUUUUCUUCUUUUGUUUUUAUCCAGACCAAAAUAAGACUUUUUCUUCCGACUAUUUGUUUUUAAGUCUGUUUUUCGUUGUCUGUAGAUUAAAAACAGCUCAAAAUUUUUAUAAAAAUUAAAAUAUGGAUCAAUUAGUCCAAAUACGGUCAAAUUACACAAGUAUCAGAUCAAAUUUUUCGACCUGGUUCAUUUGGUUCAGUAGUCAUUAAAGAGUUUAAGUUUCCUGAUUAUUUUUAGGUCUGAUAAAUUUUUAAUAUCUAGGAAUUUGAUUUUGGGCUUAUCUCCAAUAAAAUUUCCUGAGAUAAUUUUUAUUGUAAAUAAUUUUUAAUAUUUAGUGAAAUGAAAAUUUUUAUUUCAAUUUUCGUGAUUGAAGAAAAUUAAAUUUCCUUUAGAAAUUUUUGAAAUUUCAAAAUCGCGCCCCUAAAAAAAUUCUUAAUUAAUUAAAAAUAUGAAUAAAUAUCUAAAUAGCAUAUCUAAUAAAUAUAUCAGAGUUACACGUUAUGAUAUUUGAAUUGAGUGAGUGCGUUUCGUGAAAAUGUUGGACUUUAAUUAUUAUUAAUUUUUUUUAAAUUAAUAAAAAAUUUAAUUCAAAGUUGCGGUUCGUCCAAAACUAGUGAGUUUACGCGAAUAUUUUCAGAUAAUUUUUUGCUUGAAAAUUAUUAAAUAUUUUAUGUUUAUAUACAAGUGUUCUAAUUUCCGUCCGCUAGCCUUUUGAUCAUUCAGACAUCAGCAAAAAAAAAUCCGGUUUUAAUAGUGACUUAUACAUCUAGUAGAAUCGGUAUUAUACUCGAUGUCACUAGAAGUAUACAAUAGAUUAUGUAAUGAAUGCACGAAGAAAAAUUCCGCUAAAUGUCUAAAGUCCGGGUCUUACAGUCUGAGUUAUAAAAAUAAUUUAGUUCAUUUUUUUAAAAAAAGAUUCAUACUUUAAAAAAAUGGAUACUAUUCACCAAAUCACUAUGGUUCAAAUUCGAAAGAUCUAGAUUUCCAUUAAAUGAUUCCUGAUAAUAUAGACGAUGGCGUUCUGGAUUCCUAUAGAUUUUCUAUAAAUUUUCUUAGACGGAAAUGUCUUGAUUUUCUAUAGAUUUUAUUAGACGGUGACAAGUCCUGAUUUUCCAUGAAAUUUUCGAUAGAUUUUCUAUAAAUUUUCUUAGGCGGCGACAAGUCCUGAUUUUCUAUGGAAUUUUCGAUAGAUUUUCUUAGACGGCGACGUCAUAAUUUACAAUUGAUUUUAUUAGACAGUGACGUCCUGAUUUUCUAUGGAAUUUUCAAUAGAUUUUCCAUGGAAUUUUUUAGACUUGAAUUAUUCAUUGCGGACAAACUCCGCCUAUUUCGCUAAAAUUCAAUUCACACUUUUGACCAAUCAGAAAUGAUUGCAUUUUAAUAAAAAAUUUCACAUAACUGACGUUUGCCAAUUAGCGGCAUGUUCUUCGGCAUGAGUUACAUAAAAAAUGUAAAAUAAUAGAUUUAAAGUGUUAUCGUAACAUUAAUAGUCGGCCUAACAGUGAAUAAGUAACUUUAUUGACCUUUGUGAAUAUGUCAAACUAUGGGCACAAAACAUCGAGACCAAUAAUCUUCAAUUGACCAUAAAUUGACCUGAGUGAACUCUAUGGUAUCAAGAUCUAACACUUGGUCUUGGUCGUGGUCUACAUCAAUUAUUGCAUUAAAUUCAUAUAUAUAUAUAUAUAUAUAUAUAUAUAUAUAUAUAUAUAUAUAUGAAUUGCAUUACAUUAAUUAAGAACCCGGAUAUAUUUAAAUCUCGAGAUUAUCGAUCGAUAAAAAUUAAAAAUAAAUUUAAUUUUCAAGGAAUGAAAAAAAAUCAUUAGAUUAAUGACUGUUAAUUAAUAAAUAUAAUUAUUAUUUAAAAAUUAAUAAUUAAUGGAAUGUAAAUAUUUUAAGUUAUUAAUUUAUAACAAUUAAUAAAUAAAUAUAAUUUAAUAGUGAGAAG